CCAUACGCGUGACAAUCCAGCUGGUCACGCCAUGCGUAAUUACACAACACCCGAUUGUUCUAAAAUUGCUGCAUGCGCGCCUCCGGGGUAUUAGUUUUGUGAGAACAAUUUUUGAUACGCAGUGUCUGGUUGAAGGUCAACUCUAUUUAGAUUAUUAAGAUUUUACGUACGAUUGAGAGGGUCGGCGUUAUAUUUCGUUCUACUUCAAAAUACCCCCACAGCUCGAGGUUCAAAGCUUGUGGUUUUUUCUGCGGUGGACUCGGGGUUAGAGCGUUACUGCAAAUUUUCCAAUCACUUCCGGCGCCGGUUUCAGUCGACUGUACUGAUCAUGAGAUCGACAUCUCGAGCCGAGGUGAGACUUUAGUAUCUCAAAAUGCGACACCGCAGUUUAGAUGGGUAUAAUUUGUUCCUGUGGCAGUGAGCGGAAAGGCCGGUCAGAGAGCGUCCUUGUGAUAGACCAUGGAUCCAUCGAAUUUCGACAUUCUGGAUCUCCUAAUAUCCGGGUGCGGGUAGCGGUUCCUACGUGUCACGUGACUAUGUCUCGCCCCGCUGGCGAAGAAUUUGCUGUUGUGGAAAUUCCCUCUGAAAAUGUGAGUAUGCCUGACGGUCAAGUCUGCCCUGAUCAUUUUAGAGGAUGGCUGCUAAAGUGGACGAAUUACAUCAAAGGAUAUCAGAAAAGAUGGUUUGUCCUGUCGAACGGACUUCUGUCCUAUUACAGAAGCCAAGCCGAGAUGGCUCACACUUGUCGUGGCACUAUAAAUCUUGCCGGUGCUUUUAUCGACUCGGAAGAUUCAUGUAGUUUUGUGAUUUCUAAUGGAGGGACUCAAGUUUUCUACAUGAGAGCGAGCUCGGAAGUAGAGCGGCAAAGAUGGGUUACAGCUCUGGAACUGGCGAAAGCGAAGGCCAUCAAAAUGCUGGAGUCAGAUGAAGAAGAUGAUUCAAACAAUGACAAAGCGGAGAACAUCAAACCACUGAAUGCCAAACUUGAUGAUUUACAGACUUGCAAUGAUCUUGUAGGCAAACAUGGCUCAGCCUUGCAGCGUUCUAUUGUUGAGCUUCAGGAGGUGGAAGAUAAUCCCACUUUGUUUGGAAAGCUCAAGUUUGUGAACGAGAAGGCCACUCUUUUUCGGAUAACAGCAAAUGCCAUGAUAAGUGCGUGCGCAGAAUUCUUGGAACUUGCUCAGACACAAGAAAAAAGAUGGCAAAAGGCUCUACAGUAUGAGCGGCAAAGAAGAGUGACUCUUGAAGAGACAGUAGAAGCAUUAGCUAAACAGCACAAUACCCUUGAAAGAGCCUGCAGGAAAAACACAGUUGGCAACUUAGUUGAGCCACAAGACACUGAACUGGGUCGCGACAGUGAUGAUGAUGAAGAAGAAUUGGAAGAUGAAGAUGAAGAAAAUGCAGAGUUCUUUGAUGCAAUAGCAGAGCAUCCUGAAGGCUUCACUUUAUCUGUUAGCAAAAGCCACGAGAGUUUACAAAGCUCAAGUUCAGAGCAGAGUUUCAGUAUGGAUACCGAGGGUACCAAACCUUUAUUGUCAGGAACAUUAUCAGAUACAAGUAACUUAGCUCCUGCAGAAAAGAAACAGGAAGAAGCUGGAGACAGUGCUGCUGCUGAAAUUACUGAUGUAACAGCAUCUGUGAAAGGCAAAGAAGAAUCAGAAAUUUCCAGUGGUGACGGAACAAAUGGAAAUUCUGUUACCAAGAAGGUAGUCACAUCACCUUUCACUGUUGAAGGCUCCUUUGGAGUGACUCAAUCUACAGACAGGCUUGUGACAAAGCACUACAGAAAGAAGAUACCAGACAAACCAGACAUAAGCAUAAACCUUUGGAGUAUUCUCAAGAAUUGUAUAGGAAAAGAGUUAUCUAAAAUACCUAUGCCUGUUAAUUUCAACGAGCCCAUCUCUAUGCUUCAAAGACUUACAGAAGAGUUGGAGUACUCUGAACUUUUAGACAAAGCAGCUGCUUGUGAGACAUCCACUGAACAAAUGUGCUAUGUUGCGGCAUUUACAACUUCCUCCUACUCAACAACUUCCACAAGAACUGGGAAGCCAUUUAACCCAUUACUUGGAGAAACAUUUGAAUUUGACCGAACAGAAGAUUUAGGGUGGCGGUCACUUGCUGAGCAGGUGAGCCACCAUCCACCUGCAUCAGCCCUUCAUGUUGAGCAUAAGGACUGGAUCUUCUGGCAGGAAUUCACCUGCACCAGUAAAUUCCGUGGCAAGUAUCUCCAAGUUAUCCCACACGGCGUGGCGCACCUAAAGUUCAAUAAGUCUGGUAAUCAUUACACCUGGAAAAAAGUCACCACUACAGUCCAUAACAUCAUUGUUGGCAAGCUUUGGAUUGAUCAGUCAGGUGAGAUGGACAUUGAAAACCACACAACAAAAGAUGUUUGCCACCUUAAAUAUGAUGCUUACAAUUACUUUGGACGAGACACACCUAGAAAGGUGACAGGAGUAGUCACGGACUCCUCAAAGGUUGUCAGAUAUGUGAUCUCAGGAACCUGGGACAACAAGUUAGAUGGAGCUAAAGUUAUGUACACUAGGUCACCUUCCAGUGUGAAGCAGCCCCCAUCCACUCCUCACAAGAGCCAGGCCCAGACUCUACCUCCAGUCACUUUAUGGAUGAAAAAUCCAGCACUGCCUGGCUGUGAGAAAAUGUAUUACUUCACGGAGUUUGCCCUUGCGCUUAAUCAGCAUGAUGAAAGCGUGGCCCCAACUGACUCGCGGAGAAGACCAGACCAGCGUCUUAUGGAAAAUUGUAAAUGGGACGAAGCUAAUCAAGAAAAACAGAAAUUGGAGGAAAUGCAAAGAACAAGGAGACGGAAACGUGAGGCUGAAGCCUUGGAAGCUCAAACAGCGGGCAUAGUUUAUGAAGGUUACAAGCCAGCUUGGUUUGAAAAUGUCAUGGAUGAAGUCACGGAUACUUCUGUACAUGUGUACAAAGGUGGCUAUUGGGAGGCUAAGGAAAGAAAAGACUGGAGUCUCUCUCCAGAGAUUUACUAGGUUCUUUCAGAUAGAAAUUUAAAGUUGACAAUUCACUGAUUUUUGCGACAGUUGUUACAGAUUUGGCAUGGAUGGUGGUGGUUGCAUCUCUCGUAUCUCUCAGCAUCCUUGGAAGGUUGCUAAUGACUCGUGUAGCAAAAACAAUUUCCCUUGAGAAACUGGAGAAAGCAUGAUUACCUUGCAAGAAAAUGCUUUAAUCACUCUACUUCCUCAAUAUCACACAGACAGAUGGGGGUCACGUGUUUUACUUACUGAUAUAAGUUGUAUUUAUGUUCAAUAUUCCCAAACUGUGAAACAAGCAGCAACUUAGAAGGGAACAUUGCACUCGGCCAAUGAAAAAGCAUGCAAAAAAGUUUUGGUUUCGUCAUUGUUCGUGGCAGUGUCAAGUGUUUCUUGGCAAAGACAAGUAGAAUUGUUAGAAUGAAACUAGCAUGUCUAAGGGAAAAAAAAUGAACACUUUUUAUCACUGUGACUGACUUGAAAAAUGUUAUGAAAAUUUUGAGAUGCCAGCUAUCAACUUAGGAUUAUUUAACAAUUCAGUGCAUAUCCUUUCAUGGUUAGACAUUAUUUCAGGGAGAAUGAGCUUCUACAGGGAAACAAAUUGACACAAUUUAUAAUAGAUUUUGUUAUUGCAGAUUUAUGGUAUUAAAUUAAUGCUGAUAAUGAAUAAAAAGUCAGUUAUUGUUUUGCCA